UACCGCAGGUUUGAAGUUUCUCCACCGCCGCGAUCUGCUGUGGACACUGUCUCCAAAUGCAACUUAAGAAGACGCUGAACCAAUAUUGUUCGUGUCAGGCCACUAACCACAACAGUGCUACCGUUCUAGAAUUGUAGCAACAUAGCCUGACAAAACUGUGUCAAUUCGCAUGAGGAACGGCCUUUAACACCAAUGCAGCAGAAGUUUUGUGAUCGGUGAAGACACGCUGAACAUAUCGGCCCAACAUGAGGAUAUCACCCAGCAGACAACAAGAUUUGCUCUUGCUCUCCUCUAUACUGCGAGUUUCCCAGCCACUAUGCGCCAGCUGUGCUCGUCCUCGCUCGCAACGAGAUACAUUGCACCCGAACUCAGCAUCUCGACGUUCCUUCUCGGUCCUCAAUCGUCCUCCACCAAACUACCCAGGCCAUGUUCCUCUCACCCGCGUCGAGCGGUUAGGACUGGCGGUCGGCAGCGCUGUCACGUCGCUGCUAAACCCAUACCGCCAUGACAUGAUAGCUGCGCUGGGAGAGGCGACAGCUCAGCCUUUCUUCAUUACUUGGCUACGAAACCGGAUGCUCUCCGAUCCCACCGGACGCCGAAUUCUACGCGAUCGGCCCCGAAUCACGUCAACGACCAUGCCUUUGGAGAAACUGCGGAAGUUGCCAGAAAAUAGCGUGGGAAGAACAUAUGCGGCUUGGUUGGAUCGUGAAGGCGUCACGCCCGACACAAGGGAUCCGGUUCGGUACAUUGACGACGAAGAGGAGGCAUACGUGAUGCAGAGAUAUCGGGAAUGCCACGACUUCUACCAUGCGGUGACGGGACUUCCAGUCUGGGUCGAAGGCGAGGUCGGGCUGAAAGCAUUCGAGUUCGCCAACACAGGCUUGCCAAUGACUGGACUGAGUCUGGCUGCCAUCACCAGACUCAAGCCGGCGGAGCGACAGCGCAUGUUUGAGAUCUUCUUGCCUUGGGCAUUUGCAAACGGCUGGCGGAGCAAGGAUCUGAUCAAUGUAUAUUGGGAGGAAGAGCUAGAAACAGACGUCGCAGAUCUGCGAAAUCGUCUUGGGAUCGAACAGCCUCCAGACCUGCGAGCGAUCAGGCGUAAAUUGAGGGAUGAGCGUCGAGCAGCAAAGGCUGCGAAAGAGGCAGCUUUGAUGAAGAGCAGCACCAGCACUGUCUCUGAUGCACAACAGGCGUGAUCGCGGAUGUAUUAAUAGCAAACCAUAAUGUCAGGGGUAUCAGUCGCAUGAUUGUUUUUCUUUUCGGCUGCCUUGUCCGACAACAAAGAGCUCUCAAGCCUCCUUUAGCAGGUCAUCCAGAUCAUCGUCGUCGUCCCAGCCGCCUCUGCGCACCACCUUGACACUUUCCACGCCGUGCCCCGUCUGCUUCUCGUGCUCCGAUAAACUGGCAAGCAUAUCCUUAAGCUGAUCUUCCG